UUGUUACAUUACACUAGUAGUAUAGUGUAUGUGUGUGUCUAUAUACACCAUCUUAUUUUCAAAGCCAAUUUAAAUUAAAAAAAAAUGAUGUCAAAAGAUGAAAAGCAAGCCUCUUUAUCAGUCAUCAACAACAAAAUCGAGGUCCAGGAGAAAGAGGAGGAGAGGGAACUGGACCUCGGAUCCGAAGAGCUUGAUCCUCCUUUACCUCUCACUGUUACCUCCCGGGUAUUGUAUAUGUUGGGAGAUAUAACAGCAGGCCCAGCGUAUAGGUUUGCUCAAUGGCUGGAGUUGGUUCGUAAGAGAAGUGGCAAGUAUCGUGCCUCAGGGUUCCCGCACCGGCCUUACAGGCUCGAAACUAUGCCCUCUAGUUGGGGAGAAUCUCUUGUUGAUUCAAAAAGCCCACCUCCUGAGCAAUCUCCAGAGAUCAGUUUGUGGGACAGGCUUGGUAAAGCUGCUGCAUUGGAUAUCGAGUUGAGCUCUUUUUCUUGGGACAUGCUUUCUUCCCUUCACCACACUGAGCAUAAUAGUAGCAAUGAAAAUUCUGAGGAUGAAAUGAGCAAAGCCCUUGAAGUAACUGUAAAUUCCGGGGGGGUUGUCUUCUUUGCCUUAUUCAAUCAACCUGGAAAUGUUGACGCUUUUCAUAAGGAAGCUGCAGCUGUCAUAAAGUUUUCUUCUUCCAGGAUGGCCACACAAUCAGAACGUCUUGGCUAUGAAUUUGCAAAGUGGUUAGGAGUCCAAACUCCUCAGGCUAGAGUCAUUCAUAAUUGCAGCCCAGAGUGGCUCCAGAUCAAGGAAGCUGGAGAGAAAGCAAGAGUUGCAGCAGCUUUGGAAGGAGAUGAAGUAGGUGAAGUGACAUGUUCUGAGCUUUUGGAAGCUCUUGAACUUAGCCGAUGCCUUCUUCUGAUGAGCUAUGUUCAUGGAUCUCCUUUAUUGGAGAGCUCAAAUUCAUUUGAGUCACGUGAAACUGCAGAAAGAAUUGCAGCAGCAAUUGGUAGGGUCUUCCUGUUGGACCUUGUCAUCAGAAACGAAGAUAGACUACCUUGCCGUGAGCUCAGAUGGCGCGGAAAUCCCGCAAAUCUGUUGUUGGCUGAGAAAAUGACCCCGUCAAAUGUCAAUGCCUUGGAGGAUGCUUUUGACUCUGCAAUUAACCGAUACCGACCAAGGGUGAUUAAAGCUCUACAGAAAGAAAGAAGGGCAACUUCAGUGGAUUGUAGGCUUAACUCUCAUAAUCAAGGAGGACCAGGAAUGGAAUCACAGGGCUCGGAUGUUUUUGAUAUUACAGAAGCUCCAAAGGCUAACAAAAUGCUAAGAGUUCGAAAAUCAGGAGAAUCAUCGUUUUCUGAUCUCCUCAUUUCUCAUGCUGUGGCUAUUGAUUCUGGUGUUCCUCGUCGGCCUCCUGCUGGAAAACGCACAAAUGACCAGGCAAAUUAUCCUAAAUUGAUUGAGUUGCUUAUCAACAGUUCUGAUUACUCCUCUAAUUUGUUAUAUGAAAUAACUGGGGGGAAAUUAGGAGCUCCUCCAUUGGAAGGCACUGACUUCACUGAUACACGAGUGACCGAAAUGACUUCAGCUGUUCAGGAAUUUCGUGGUGGGUUUCGUGCUGCUCUCAGGGAUCUGCAAGGUUUCCAUAUAUUCCUCCUCACUCUUCACCAAAAACUAGAUAGCGUGUUACGAGUUUUUUUGAACAUCACAAAUAAAACAUCAGGGGACUGUGACAGAGAUGAUUUGGUGGUCCCUGAGUCACCUUCACAUGUAGUUGUUCAUUGUCCUUCUCCACCGAGUAAGGAACGGUUUCUUAAUGAUAACCAUCCAGAGUUUAGUGAUUCAGAUUCGCAGCGAAUUGCUCAAACUCCAAGGUCAUCUUCAGGAAAUAAAGAGUGCUCAGAUUUUAGUUCUCCCAUGUCAAGAGAAAGCUGGCAUGGAAAGUUUUCCAAGGGGAGUUUAGAGCCCUUUCGUUGCCUGCGUCUGACAACAAAGCUCCGAGACAUUCAUAAAUUUGCCAAGGUGGAUAAUGAAUCAAAUAAAGAACUUGAACAAUGGAAUGAAAUGCUGAGAAAUGAUGUUAUCAAACUGUGUCAGGAGAACAAUUUCCAAACAGGGUUUUUUGAGGGCAGUGAUAGUAACUGCGUUGUGGAUGCAUAUGAGUUAAAGGUAAGAUUAGAGCACAUUCUUGAGAGGAUAUCAUUGAUCUCCGAAGCUGCAAACACAGAGAAACCAUCAUCAAUCACAAAUAGCCUGUUUAUUGGUGGCGCCCUGGCUGCAAGAUCUGUGCACACUUUGCAACAUCUAGGAAUCACACAUAUUUUGUGUUUGUGUGGCAAUGAAAUUGGACAGUCAGAGUCCCAACACCCAGAUCUAUUUCAGUACAAAAAUUUUUCUAUAACUGACGAUGAGGAUUCAAAUAUCAGCUGCAUCUUUGAAGAAGCCUCUGAUUUUAUUGAUCAUGUUGAAUCAGUAGGAGGGAGGGUUCUAGUUCAUUGCUUUGAAGGGAGAAGUAGGAGUGCCACAUUGGUUCUUGCUUAUUUAAUGCUCAGGAAGAAAUUCACUCUACUAGAAGCAUGGAAUGCUCUAAGACAAGUUCAUCGGCGAGCUCAGCCCAAUGAUGGUUUUGCAAGAAUUUUACUGGAUCUUGACCAGCGACUGCAUGGGAAGGUUUCCAUGGAAUGGCAAAGGCGGAAGCCAGAAAUGAAAGUCUGUCCCAUCUGUGGGAAGAAUGCUGGUCUGAGCAGCAGCUCGCUCAAGCUUCACUUGCAGAAAGCACACAAGAAGCUAUCAUCAGGCAGUGUGGACAGUGCAAUGACCAUGGAGAUACAGAAGGCUCUGGAUGCACUAAAAAUGACCAGAAGCGGCAGCGUCAGCCCUACUUUGAGGCAGUCUUCACCAGCUAUAGAUGACUAGGUACAGGGAAUUCAUUUCAGUGCGCAAGAAAAUCAAGAAGCAAACCCAUUUCGCUUGUGGCCAGCUGUGAAACCACGGCAUCUGUACUCAGCAGCAAAAUUUGCAGUAUCAAGACAUUGAAUUGCAUCCGCCCACAUGAUUUGUUGUAUUAAUUGAACACUGCAAAUUUUCAACAGAGGUUAUCAAAUAGACUCGGGUCAGUGCCACAGUGCCGAUACGUUUUGGAUUUUAGAUUCAAGGAAGACUGAAAUGAGUGUAACAUGCCGUUUCAUAUUUUUCUGAGGGAUGUUUGUAACGUCGCUUCCACAAAGGAAAAUUUGCAAUAAAUAGUUUUUCUGUA